UUUGGCUUUGGCCUUUGGGUGUGCCCCCUCUCCACGAACGACGACUGCUGCCGAAUAUACUCCGUCUCCGUCCCCAAACCGAAACCCUCCACCCCUGUCUUUCUUUCGUGCAUCCCACGCCCACCUCGCCGCCGCCGCCGCCGCCGCCGCCGCCAUGGCCGAUCCGCGGCUCUACCCGUCGGGAUCCGGCCCUCACCGCGACGAAUCCACCACCGACGGCUCCGGCCGCCGGCUCUACAACCCGUACCAGGACCUCAACAUCCCCACCGCCUACAAGAACCUCUACGACCUCCCCACCUCCCCCGAGUUCCUCUUCCAGGAGGAGGCCCUCGUCCAGCGCCGCUCCUGGGGCGAGAACCUCACCUACUACACCGGCGUCGGCUACCUCUCCGGCGCAGUCGCGGGCGCAGCCGUCGGCCUGCGCGAGGCCGCACACGCCGCCGAGCGCGGCGACACCGCCAAGAUCCGCGCCAACCGCCUCCUCAACUCGUGCGGCUCCGCCGGACGCCGCGUCGGCAACAGGCUGGGCGUCAUCGGCCUCCUCUACGCCGGCAUGGAGAGCGGCAUGGUCACCGCCCGGGACGGCCAGGACGACUGGAUCAACAGCGUUGUCGCGGGGCUCGGCACAGGCGCCCUCUUCCGGGCCGCCCAGGGCCCCAGGUCCGCUGCCGUCGCCGGCGCCGUCGGAGGGGUCCUCGCCGCCGCCGCCAUGGCCGCCAAGCAGGCAGCCAAGAGAUACGCGCCCGCCCGCCUUCUGAUUGAUUGAUUGAUUGAUUGAUUGAUCGAUGCCCUCCUCCCGCCGCCCGGUAUUAAUCUCCUGUCAUCAAUUGAAUCGAAUCAAUUGGCCAAGGAUGCAGUACUAGUUUCUUGGGUUAAUUAUUUGAGAAGGGUCAUCUUCUCGACAUUAUUAUGAUAUGUUAAAGUGUUAUGCUAUAUGAAAACAACAACGAUGCCAUCGGAUGGCAUCGGAUCAGCAAAUUUUUGACAUGCCUUGUUGCAAUGUAACAUCAUCUUCUUUCUUCAUCACUACUACUACUUGGUUAGCGACCUAGAUAGAUUGUCGUGGGUGUCAGACUCAAUAAUGCUGGAGAGUCGAGGAAAUCGUGGAAUGUAAUGUUCAUUGCAUGCUACUCCCUCUGUUUCUAAAAAAAUACAAGUCUUUUUAGAUAUUUCAA